GCGGGGCGGUGUGGGAUGAUGGCGGCCGCGCCGCUGCUGGUGCGGCUGAAUCCUGCGCCCACCCCCGCCGACAAGGCGAUCCACAAGCUCCUGAAAUACUUCCAGUCGGGAAAGCGGUCGGGGGGCGGCGAGUGCAGCGUGCGCCCGGGCCCCGAGGCCGGCACCUACUGGGUGGACUUCUCUAAGGAGCAAGAUAGGAAGCGUGUGGAAUCCCGCUCAAAGCACACCUUGGAACUGGAUACAAGAUGCUGCGAGAUAGUCAUCCUGCCGGGAGAAGGGGCCCCGGGCAAGAGCCGGGUUACAGCGCACGCCUCUGCCGGCCACAGCAAAGGCACUGCCGGCCCGGCCCUGCCCCAGCAGCAGCAGCGGGACAGCGGUGGCUGUGGGGCCACAGCAAAGGAAGACCUUACCAAAAAGAUAUUUCUUACAGUAUCUGCUACUUUGAAUACCAGUAUGUUCACUGAAGACCAAAGGGAGAAAAUUACCAUUAUGUGUCCAAACUUAAAGAGAGAAGGAAGCCCUGGUGUGGAUGGCUCUGAGAAAUUGACAGGAGAUUUUACAGAUAUUGAAAAAGCUUAUCACUACUUUGAAGAUAUCCUUGCAGGCAAAGACCCAAACCAGGAUUUUUCACAUUCUGAAUGUAAGAAUGGUUUGAAAGACGAAAAUGGCCUGAAUACUGAAGAAACAGUUGAGUUUACAGUUGUGACAGCUCUCUAUGAAUAUUUUAUUCAUACCCACAAAGAGGAAAUCAAAGAACUACAUGAAAGGUUUGGAGCAUGUAUAAGAAGUAAAGGUCACGAUGAGCAUUACACAUUCAUAUACAUAUCUUCCAAUCAAAGUCCUGCAUUGUUACAAGCAGCUAGUGAUUCUUUUAUCAGAACCUUCCAGGAAGCUACAAAAGAUCUGACGCAGGAAAAAGUUCCCAUAACAAAGAUUGACACAUUAGAAGAGACAAUAGUAAAAUUAAAUAAAAAGUUUAGAAAUCUUCUUGCUAAAGAGGAAGGGAAUCAGUUGCUACUCCGAGGUUCAAGGAAUGAGAUUUCAGCUGCCCAAAUAUUUCUAGCAGGGGAAGGUGAGAACAACCAAGCUGAAAAGAAUAUGAAAAUAUCAUCUCAAUGGUACAAAUACAGGGAUGGAAUUGAAAUUGAUGCUUCGGUGUUUAAAAUGUUGGAAACCAUACUAAGCGAAGAAAUUGAAAACAUAAAUGGCAAAUUUGAUACACUGGUAGAAAUAAAAGAGAAGUCAUAUGGCCAGAAGGCCGUAAUAUUUAGGCCUAAAUCUGAAACUUCUGAUAUGUCAUCACAUGCUACUGAAAGUUUUAUCAGUGCAUUUCAGAGUGCCUCUGCUAUGUUAAGAGAAAAAGGCAUCAGCGUGAAGCUUUCAGAAGAUCAGAAGAAAACUUUAGGUGUGCUGCCUAAUGCUAAGAAAUUUGAAGACCUUAAUGUAAAACUUCAGAAGAAUGAAGUUGCUGAAAAGUACACGAAGCCCCUUCUUAACACUGAAGGGACACAAACUAUAAAUAGGGCACCACUGUCCUCUGGCUUCAGCUCUCAAGAAGCUACAGGAGCAUCUAAGUCCAGUGAUAGGCAAAAGAAUAACCUUUCUUCUGAGGGACAGACUCGGGCAAAGACAGAAGAAAAAGAAGAUGAUGAAUGUCCAAUUUGCAGGGACAAAAUUGAAAAUAAAGAAAUAUUAGAAAAGUGCAAACAUGCAUUUUGCAAAGCUUGCAUUGACAAAGCCAUGGUUUAUAAACAAGCUUGUCCAGUUUGUAAUACUGUCUGUGGAGUCCUGACAGGAAACCAACCAGAGGGAAGAAUGUUAACUAGAACUAACAGUUCGUCUCUUCCUGGUUAUCCCAAUUGUGGCACCAUUGAAAUUAACUAUGUUAUGAAUGGUGGUAUUCAAACUAGCAGCCACCCAAACCCAGGGCAGAGUUAUGGGCCAGUUCGCCGAAAAGCAUAUUUACCUGACAAUGAGGAAGGGCGAGAAAUUCUGCAGCUCCUCAGAAGGGCCUUUCGACAGAAAUUGAUUUUCACAGUGGGGCAGUCACGUACUACUGGUGCACAAAAUGUUAUCACAUGGAAUGAUAUUCACCAUAAAACUGCCAUUGAUGGAGGACCUACCCAGUUUGGUUACCCAGAUCCUUCUUAUCUGCAGCGUGUUCGAUCAGAAUUGAAAGCAAAAGGAAUUGAAUAUACCCAGCAACUGAGAAACUGUUGUCAUUUAUCUCUAGUUAAUGAACCCCAGGUGUCUCUUCCCAUCUGUCAGAAUAAGGAAACCCCUGUGUGUGCUCAGCAGGAGAAGACAGAAUCAUGUGAGAAAUUGGAAGCAGAGAAAGCAACCUCUAGGAAUUCUGCGGUAGUAGUAACCACUGCCUUUGGCAAGGAAAUAGAACAUGAGAUUUUGGAAAUGUACUUUGAAAGUAAAAGGAGGUCUGGUGGAGGGCCCAUUAAGUCCUAUGUCAAAAAGGAUGACCAAGUGAUCAUCACCUUUCAGGAAGAGCAAGAUGCCCAAGAAGUUUUACAAAGACAGCAUCACUUGAGUAAAAUUGAUCUGGUUGUGAAGCCAUGGCAAGUGGCAACUUCCCAGGAGUCUUGCCAAGUGGAGAACUCUGAAGGAUCCCUGCUUCCCACCGCAGUUGUGCUGGAAAAUGUGAAGGACACAAUCAAAGAUUGCAUGUUAAUUUUGCUGGUAGAGAAUGUCAGUGGCUUGUCAGAGGAGGAUGGUGACUUCAGUGUGGAAAUGAUACCUGAGUUACAUGCUGCUGUAGUUACUUUCACUAGAAAUACUGAUGCAGAGGAAUUUGUUGAAAAGCUGAAUCAAAACCAGAGAGCAAGGGAACAAAACAUUACUGCAUGGUGCCUUGAGCAAACAAAAACUGUUAGGGCUGAAAAUAUACCACCCAACACCUCCAGUCACUACAUAGCUCUCUACUUUGAAAAUGAGAAGUACGGCGGUGCACAGACCGUGGAUGUUCAACUGCUGCCUGAUGAAGAUGCAGCUAUCAUUACAUUUGGUGACCAAAGAGAUGUAACAAAUAUCCUGGCAAAGAAGCAUUCACUCAACAAAACACCAAUCUUUGUCUAUCCUUACUACACCUCACUGGAAACGGCUCUAUAUGGAAAGGAAGGGCCACAGAUAAAGAAACCAGAUCCAAUUACAUUGCCUCUGGAUCCCCAUAUCUGGAUUUAUUUGCAAGGAAAUAGUAGCUUAAUUAAGGCAAUAGAUCAUGAAAUGGCAAAGUGUAAUUGUGUGCCAGUGUGGCCUGGUCCCCUCUGUGCAGAUCCAACAGUUACUUUGCAUCCUUCAGCUAUUUUUUCUGAGCGGAAGAGAUCUGUAUCUAGAUUGGUCAAGGCAUGGAAAAAAGAAGUUUCCACAGCAUUUUCACACACCAUAUCAAAGUAUGAAGCAAUUAAAUGUCAAGUAAACACAGAGGUGUGGGAAGCCAUUAGUAACAGCUUUCCCCAUGAUGAAGUUCUGAUGAUCCCGUAUAUUUCCAAGGAUUUACAUGUUCUAGUAGGUGAAAAAGAAGUUGUGAGGAAGGUUGAACAAGAACUGAAGCUUCUGAUCGAAAAGGCCACCAGAGAAAUUGAAAGAGAAAAGAAAAGAACUGAACUGAAAGUUAAGACAGUGAAUCCAGGGGAAUAUGGAAUUUUACAGAUUACUGGUCUGGAAGAAAAAUUUCGUAAAGAGUUCCCAAACCUGCAAAUGACUUAUGAUAAUUUGGAGAAGAGCAUUAACCUGUCUGGAGUGCCUGAAGAAGUUUACAAAGUAAAAGGAGAAAUACUUGAUCAUGUAUACAAAAUGGCAAAGAAAGCAAUUAAUGUCCACCCUUCUAUUUUUCAGUUUUUACAGCAUAUUGAUAAUGAAACUCUGUCACAGAGCCUGUUUAUAUCAAAACAAAUUAAUGUCUUUUUUGAGCUUGGUGUGGGAGAGAUCAUCCUGAAAGGGAAUGCUCCUGAAGAUCUCCUAAAAGCAGAGGAAAAAAUAAAGAAAGAACUGGACCACAAAAGCAUUACUUUGGGGGAUGAGUCGGUCCUCCAGAAGGAGGAAUGGCAGAUGCUAGUCAAGGAAAACUGCUCUAAUGGAGCUGUAGCAGUCACUCAGGCAGAGAGUCAGAUCAUGAUUGCUGGUCUUUCUGAAGCUGUAGCAAAAGCCUUUGAGGAACUUUCCAGCUUUAUAGAUGAAAACACACAGGUGCAAAAGGUCAUUGAAGGGAAACCAAUGGCACUCAUAAAGUUUUUUAAGAAAGAGAAGGCCAAUGAUUGGGCUGCCCUACCAAAAAAGGGUGUGAAAGUUGACUUUAGCACUCAGAAGAACUGUGAAGUUAUAUUGUUGAGUGGGCCAAAGACAAAAGUGUUGGAGGGAGUCAGCUUAGUUGAGCAAAUUCUGUCUGGCUUGCAUUUUAAGCGCGUGGUGAUUGACUUGCCAGGAGCCAAGGCAUAUAUAAAAGAGCAAGCACCCCUUUUGGCUGUCAAUAUUAAAGAAAUGUACAAGUGUUUAGUCCUACUGGAAGAGCAGCCAGAAGAACACAGUAACGGAGGCAAGCUCCAUAUGCAGGUGACCAUGGGUGAAACUGUAAUAGCGCUUUAUAAAGCUGACUUGUGCACUCAUCCCGUUGAUGUUGUGGUGAAUGCAUCUAAUGAAGACCUAAAACACAUUGGUGGCCUGGCUGAGGCGCUGUCAAGAGCAGCUGGGCCAGCACUGCAGGAGGAGUGUGAUGAGCUGGUGAGGAUGCUGGGGAAUUUUCAGCCUGGUGACGCCGUGAUGACGCGCGCUGGGAAACUGCCCUGCAAGAAUGUCAUCCACGCCGUCGGGCCCAGGUGGAGCAGCGACAGACCAGAAGUCUGUGUGAACCUGUUGAGGAAGACAGUGAAAAGAUGUCUACAAGUAGCUGAAGCGCACAAGCAUCGUUCCAUAGCUCUGCCUGCUAUAAGUGGAGGGAUUUUUGGCUUCCCAAUGGAACUGUGUACUUAUUGCAUUGUAUCCUCUAUCAAGGAGACCUUGGAAGAGUCCAAGGGGAACAGAAGCUUGAAGGAGGUUCAUCUGGUGGGUUUUGCACAGGAUAACAUUCAGGCUUUCAGCAAGGCAUUUGGAGAAGUGUUUUCAGAGUCUUCAGCUUCCUACAGGCCACUGCAUCAUGUCACUUCAGUUCCUCAGCCCAGGCAGAGGAGAACUUCCAAGCGUAUGAAUAACUUCCCAUUCAUAACGACUCAGGAAGGCCUUCACAUCAUCCUGCAAACAGGAAGCAUUGAAGAUGCUAAAACAUCGGUUGUUGUCGUCAGUGUUGGCAAAGAUCUCCAGCUUGACAAAGGGCCACUUGGUAAAGCUCUGCUGAGCAAAGCAGGGCCAAUGCUUCAGGCAGGCUUGAGCAAAGAAGGUGGAGGAAGAAUACCUGAGGAUGGAUCUGUGUUGAAAACUAAAGGUUAUAAUCUGGCUUGCAGUGUUGUGCUUCAUGCUGUGGUACCUGCGUGGUGCCAGAAAAACACACCUGCAAAGGUCUUGGGUGACAUAAUCACAAAAUGCCUGGAGAUUGCUGAAGAACUGUCUUUGAAAUCAAUUACUUUUCCAGCAAUUGGGACAGGGAAUUUGGAAUUCCCGAGAUCCGUUGUUGCUAAAUUAUUGUUUGACAAAGUGUUUGAAUUCAGUAGUGAAAACAGAGUGAAUUCUCUUGAAGAAGUUCGCUUCCUGUUGCACACAAAAGACACAGCUAAUAUUCAGGAAUUUUCAGAUGAACUUGAAAGCAGGUCUGUAGCUGUUAAAGGGCAGAAGCCUUCUCCAAAUGACACGAGCCAAAGCCCAGCUUUUUCUGCUGUCCCUUCAAGCUCAGCACACAAUGUGCCUGAAAUGACAAUUGGCUCCGUGGUGUUCCGGGUGGCAGAAGGUGAUAUUACCAAGGAGCAGGGAGAUGCCAUUGUAAACAUAACAAACCAAACCUUCAGCCUCAAAACAGGUGUCUCCAGGGCAAUUCUGAACGGUGCUGGAAAAACAGUUGAAGAUGAAUGUGGUGUACUAGCCCAGAAAACUGGCAAGAACUAUAUCAUCACCCAGGCAGGAAACCUGCCAUGCAAAAACAUAAUGCAUUUUGUUUACCAAAAUGAUAUCAGGUCCCUGGUUUCCCAGGUGCUCCAGGAGUGUGAGCUGCAGCAGUACACCUCUGUCAUCUUCCCAGCAAUUGGAACAGGAGAGGCACGCCGCAAUCCAGCUGAGGUAGCUGGCAACAUGAUAGAUGCAGUAACUGACUUUGCAAAAAGGAAUCCUGCCACGUCUGUGAAAACUAUUAAAGUUGUCAUCUUUCAGCCACAUCUGAUGAGUGUGUUCCAAGCAAGCAUGCAGAAAAGAGAGCAGUCUACUGCAACACGAAUCAAAUCAUUUGUUUCCAAGGCAUAUCACAUGGGUAAAUCACUCUGGAGCUCUGAGAAACAUUCCCCAAAGGGAAAAACCAAAGUGGUUUCGGAAAAGAAAAUCGAUCUGGCUGUUGUGCAGAUUUGUGGUGAAAAUAAAAAAGAAGUGGAAGAAGCUGAAAAGUGGCUGAGAAGGGCAAUUUCAAAUGAACAAUCUCAUACGGAAAUUGUAGACGAGACUAUCUCUCAUUUCGAUGACGAAGAGGUUGAAGAACUGGAUGACCUAGAAAAGAAAUUAAAAAUUUGUCUUAAUUUGAAGAGUACCUCUAUUGAAAUUACAGGGGUUGCAAAAGAUGUCUGCCAGGCUUCUUCAGCUGUUCAUAAAAUGAUCCGCAAGAUAAAGGCUGCUAAAGAGGCCCAGGCAAAACUUCUACAAAAUUCAGUUGAAUGGAAAUACAGUGAAAAGGAUUCCUAUGUACCCUUCAACAGUCUCACAAAUGUGGAGUUGGAAAAUGCUUACAAGACAAAGCAGAAAACUGUUGAAGUCAUCAUUGGUGAGCAAAUAUACACAGUGGAUAUGGAACGCAAGACUGCUGUGGAUGACCAAGGAGGACAGAUAUCCAUUUUACGUAUUGACAAAUCUGAAGAUCAAAAGUCAAUAGUGCUCCCUCCAACAUGGGACCCUAUGGAAAAUGAGCAACUCAAAAUAGUGGAACUAAAAGCAGACUCAAGAGAGUAUAAAGAUGUGCAAGAAAGGUUUCUGCAGACCUGUCAGUCAUUCAGAAUUGAAAAGAUUGAAAGGGUACAGAACCAAUAUUUAUGGAAAAACUACCAAAUAAAAAAGUGUGAAAUAGAUAAAAAAAAUGGCCACAGAAAUAAUGAGAGGCUUCUGUUUCAUGGGACAAGUCAGGAGUCAUUAACCCUUAUUAACAAAAAAGGAUUUAACCGGAGCUAUGCUGGAAUGCACGCUGCAAACUACGGAAACGGAACCUACUUUGCUGUUAAUGCCAACUAUUCUGCCCAGGACACGUACUCUAGACCAGAUGUGAAUGGGAAGAAAUACAUGUACUUGGCCCGAGUCCUUGUUGGAGAAUAUUCUCUGGGGAUAAAAGGAUCAAUUACUCCAGCACAAAAAAAUGUUAGCAACUCUGUAGAUCUGUAUGAUAGUUCAACUGAUCACAUGAGCCACCCUUCCAUGUUCAUAAUUUUUAAUGACAUUCAAGCUUACCCAGAAUACCUUAUCACUUUCACUAAGUAAGUAUUUUGAUUGCAGCCACAACUGCAUGUCUUUCAGCCUUUAUGUAGGAUGGAAACAUCUUUAACAAAACACACAACAAAAAUAAUAAAGAAUUAUGUCAAAUUAAAUUCUGAGUUGAUUAAAGCAAUCUCUGGCAAUUUCUGAUCCCCCUGAAGCUUGUUUACACUUGAGCAGCUGAAUGUAUUAAGACUUGAGCAUGAUAUUGUACUGCAAUCCUCUUUUAGAUUAUGUAGUGAGCAUUUGUACUGUAUCAGCCACACAGCCUUAGGGUCUUCCUAAUUGCUGGUGGGGAAUUGGAAGGGAUAAUGCAGCCAUGGACUGUUCAGUGUUGCAUUUCUGAUGCCUUCUUACACUCUGUGACAAUCUCAUAACAAGUUAUGUUAGAGCAGUUUUCAAUAAAUGAACCAGUUGU